CAGAGUCAGCGAGAAAAAUGUUACCGUAACUGAUAAGGAGUGAAUUUUAUCUAUACUUGUUGUUAGCUUGUUGUGAUUUUGAUUCCAUUUCGACGUCGCUUGUGGCCAAGAAAAACAACGAAAAUUGAUUUGGCAGCCAUUGCAGAUCGGCUUAGCACCCUGCUGGAGAUGGCGCUCCAAAUAGCGCAGAACAACCGCGAUGGCCAGCAGCUGGUGGUGGGUGAGGGUGAGGGUAAGGUGGAGGUGUACGUGCUGUUUGCAAACACCACCUAUCGCACCCUCGACCUCUACUGGGUGAGCGAGCAGGAUCGGGAGUUCCUCUACCUGACCCUCAAGCCCUUCGAGGAGGUGCGUGUAAACACGUACAGCUCCCACAGCUGGCUCUUCCGGGACUACUACACCGGCGAAAGGAUGCAUGUGCGAUCCCAGAGGAUCUUCCAGCCGAUCCGGGUGCGGGUGCCGAAGAACCAAACGACUCCCGAUGAGCUGGUCGAUGUGCGCAGCGAGGUGCUGAUCCACUUCCCCAUGCGAUCGCUGCGCGAAAACUGCCUCUGGCUGGUGGCCCGCUGGCUAAUCCGGACGAGCAAUACACCCCGGAGGAUCAUCUAUGGCUACCACAUACCCUCGACGCUGAAGCAGCAGCUCCUCAGCCUGCUGACCUGCAUCGAGUCCUAUUCCCGGGUGGCCGGCACCAGGCGUCGCCGUUAGGAUAGUUUAAAAAUGGAUAGUUAAAUCUUAGGGACUGAGAGCCAGGCUUGAUUUCCAAAUAAUUUAAUAACUUUAAUUGAUUUUCAUCCUGGUUUUCCUUUUCGUUUUCAUUUUCUCGCUUAUUACUUAUGUACAAAUUGGCUUGCAUAGAGCGUUUUACAGGUUGGACUACUGCCGUUGCAUUGAUUUCUUUUUUUUCGUAUCUUUAACAGAUUACUUAUACUUAUGUCCUAUGUGUAUAUAUAAUUAUGCAUAAACCUAAUGUGAAACAAGUGUGAAUAUUACAUACAAAUAUGCGCAAUCCUCUAGGUCUAGAGUCUAGAAUCUAGAAUGCAAAUACGUUUUAAUGGUAUGUCUGUAGUUACUCCCUUGCAAUGCUUAUCUACGUGUGUGUGUCGCAAGCUUAAUUGUUAUAAGUCUGAAUCCGAAGUACAUAAACGUAUUCCUAACGAGAAGUAAACAAACAGAAGCACCCGGGUGCACUUUUAAAUGUAAAUUUUAAAGUUAAUGUUCGAACAGAUCCUCCUUGAAUGUGUUUUGUGACGAGACGAAUGUUAGAACUCAAAUACAUUGCAUAAAUACAUACAAAUUGUUAAUUCGAUCUGCUCAAU